AUGACCUCACCUGCGGAGGAGACCAUGGCAUCCCAUUCCGGCAUGCUAGGCGAACUCUUCCGAAGGGUUACCCUAGAGGAAUCGGGGGAAUAUUCCGGGCUCUCGGAUGCUUUGGACGAUGAAGAGUAUAUUCCCACUUUUUUCGACGAAGAGAACGCUCACCAAACCGUGGUUGGCUGUCAUCCAACAACGUAUACCAGCGAUGGCGGGGGUUGUACAGAUCAACCUCCACCACAGGCGAAAUUCAUUCUGGCAAAGAUUGCCAAGAAUGAACAAGCCGGUAAAGCGCACGAGCGGGACGCUGAGGACCGGGUGAAGUACGAGGCCGCGAUCAGAGAGUACGAGGCCGCGUCUGCAGCAAAAUUAAUCCAGCCACAACAACAUCCACAACAACAGCCCAAACCGGCACGGAGCUCGGCUAAGCGUAACCGCUCACAGGAUGUGAGUGAACGUGUGGCCAAAAGGAGCAAACACUCCUCAACCCAGGGGGCUGGGGGCCCUUCAACUAGUGCGGCAGGCGCGGCCUCGAGGGCGGCUUAUAGUGAGGUGGCCAGAGACCAUCUCCAAGUUGCCCUCGUGGACGCAAAAACCAAAAGUGGAAGAGCGGUGUUACCCCUUUGGGAUGCCAUUGAGGGACGGCUAUCGGGGAUGGUCGUCAGACACCUCAUGGACAAAAAAGGGCCAGCACCUCUCUUCGACUCGGGUGAAAUCUUUCGGGGCUGUAGGGUGAUAAAAUGUGCCAAUCAGUACUCGAGGGAAUUUCUGGAGAAGAGCCUUGCUACGGUUAGCAACGCCUGGGAGGGGCUUUCGCUAAAGCUCAUCCCUGCCUCAGAAAUUCCCAGGCGACCACGAGCCAGAAUCUGGCUGCCGAAAAUGGAGCUGGACAGUUCGGAAAUUGUGCCGUGUCUCAAGCUUCAGAACCCUGAGGUUCCUAUGGAUGACUGGUCUGUCAUCAAAGUAGAAGAACCUCAGCAGCAUAGCUCAGCCAUAUUACUGCUGAUUAACAACGAGUCGUGGUGGUAG